AUGACUGUAGGUGGCAGAGAUGGACUAAAGCAAGUAUCUGAAGAAGGCAGAUCGCUUAUCCUAAGGAGAGAUACUGAUGAAUACAGACCACCUGUUUGGAAAUCUUACUUGUAUCAGUUGCAACAGGAAGCUCCCCAUCCUAGAAGGAUAACCUGCACUCGUGAGGUAGAGAACAGACCCAAAUAUUAUGGAAGAGAAUUCCAUGGGAUGAUCUCAAGGGAGGAAGCUGACCAAUUAUUAAGUGUUGCAGAGGGAAGCUAUCUCAUUCGUGAAAGCCAACGGCAGCCUGGAACCUACACUUUGGCAUUAAGAUUUGGAAGUCAAACCAGAAACUUCAGACUCUACUACGAUGGAAAGCACUUUGUUGGGGAGAAACGUUUUGAGUCCAUCCAUGACCUGGUGACAGAUGGAUUGAUUACUCUCUAUAUUGAAACGAAGGCAGCUGAAUACAUUGCCAAGAUGACAAUAAAUCCAAUUUAUGAACACAUAGGAUAUACAACUUUAAACAGAGAGCCAGCACACAAAAAACAUAUGCCAACCCUGAGAGAUGAACAUGAUGGCAAAGAGUCUACAGGAGAGGAUGAGGUAGCAGAAAAGAGG